UCAAAAAAUCAAUCCAGAGGGCGCUCUAAAUUGCUCGGCCACGUAAGUCAGGGUCGUAUUUUUCUUCCUUGGACAUUUUAAUUACAUUAUUUUACAUGCUGUGAUAAUAUGUGAGAAUGGUAUAACAAAACCCAAGUGUUUGUGAAAAUAUUUUUGCCUGUACCUCGUCCCGACUGCGAUUGACAAGCCAUGUCCAAUUUACCACCAAAUCCAUUUAACAACUUCCCGGGACCGCCUCAAGUGAACGCUAAUGCGACGCCGCCAACAUUUAACCAUAAUCAGCAAUUUGGACAAGUUCCAUUGAGCCAAUUGCCGCCAGGAUACGGAGGAUUGAAACAAGAUCCCAACUCGAAUAGUCCUCUUCAUGCACCAUCGUCAGCGCCCCAGAACCAUGUGUUACAAAACGUUAACAACUAUAGUCAGAGUGCUAGCAGUUCACCCGCCUUCAAUCAACCUGGGAUGAUGCAGCCUGUGCAGCACAGUCUGCAAUCUUCACCUAUGAGACCACCAAUGUCAGCAGCUCCCAAUUCAUUACCAAACCCCCUGCCUCCUCAGAAUGUUCCCCUGUCAUCUGCCAGUCCUAGAACCGUGUCAAACGCCAACUCUUCUCCAACUCCUUAUCCUCCUAGUUACCAACCUCCGCAGCGACAAAUCAAUGACAACGCUCCACCACUCAUUCCAUCUAGUCAAACAAGCCAACCUCUUGUGAAUGGUCCACUCUCUUCUCAGCCCCCUGUUGGCCCUCCUCCUGGCCAGUACCCUGCUUCAUCAAGUGCUUAUAGCUCACCUCCUGGUAGCAAGCCACCUACUUCAGGGUAUGGUCCAGGACUAAUGAAUGCACCCUAUGCCCCUCCUCCUGUGUCAAUGGCUAAGCCACCUGGGCCUGCAAUGACAAGCCAACCUAAUAUCCCAUUUUCUAGUGCACCUAUCUCUGGUCCUCCUAGGAAUAGUCCUUUGGUUCCUGGACCACCACCUAGUGGCCCUCCUACUGGCAUGCAAGGAUUCAGUGCCCCGCCACCUUCAGGACCACCUCUAGGGCCACCAAGGCAAAUGGGAAUUAAUGGUCCCAGUGUAAGUGGGGCACCAACAAUGCCUCCUGCGCCACCUAAGACUAUUGGCCAGCCACCAGGGCCUAUGGGACCAGCAAGUUUACCUCCAAUGGGCCCAGGAAGUGCACCACCACAGUCAUAUCCAGGACAAUAUAAAAAUGGUCCAUCGGGGCCAUUGGGCCUACCAGGUCAGCCCAUGGGUCCACCAGGGCCACCUAUGGGCCCACCAGGACCAUCCACUGGACCUAUGGGGCCUCCAAGUUCUUUUAGUGGGCCUCAGAAUCCUCCAAGUGGAGCCCAAAUGCCUCCUAUGGGGCCUUCAAGUUUGCCACCAAUGGGUCAUCAAAUGGGGCCACCUCCUGGUCCAAUUGUGCAAGCAGGUGCACCACCCAAGAGCAAUAUGCAGAAUAGAUACCCGCAAAUGCCUCAACAACCUGGCAAUUAUGCUAAUCAUGAAUCUGCGCAAAUGCCGAGCCUGAGUCAACAGCAAGCAAACAUUAUGAAGCAGUUUCCUCAGCAGUACAGCACUCAAGGAGUGACCCAGCAGAUGGGGCAGCUGAGUGUGACUAAGCAAGGGUUUGACCAGCUGUGGGGUCAUCACAUGGUAGAUCUGCUGCAGUGUAAGCACAUACUGCCUGAGUACCCUGAAGACCCUCCGGAGAUUAAGCUUGCUCAUCAGUUUGCUGAGGCAUCUAACUGCAGCCCUGAGGUCUUUAGAUGUACAGUGAAUCGUAUUCCGGAGACAAACAGUCUACUGCAAAAGUCCAGAUUGCCUCUGGGAAUAUUAAUACAUCCAUUCAAAGAUCUCAAUCACUUGCCAGUAAUACAAUGCGCGACGAUAGUGCGAUGUCGCGCGUGUCGGACGUACAUCAACCCGUUCGUGUACUUCGUAGACGCAAAGCGGUGGAAGUGCAAUCUAUGCUACCGGGUCAAUGACCUGCCAGAAGAGUUCCAGUAUGAUCCUGUAAGCAAGUCCUACGGCGACCCGACCCGUCGGCCGGAGAUCAAGUCAGCGACAAUAGAGUUCAUUGCCCCCGGCGAGUACAUGCUGCGGCCGCCUCAACCAGCUGUGUACCUCUUCCUCUUUGACGUGUCGCAGAUCGCCAGGGAUUCUGGAUAUUUGCAGGUGGUAUGCGACACUUUGAAAGAGAACUUGGAGUCGCUUCCAGGGGAUACGAGGACACAGAUCGGGUUCAUCUGCUUCGACUCUCACGUACAUUACUAUCUCAUGAGCGAAGGACUCACGAGGCCUAAGGAAAUGACUGUACUUGAUAUUGAUGAUGUAUUCCUACCGUCCCCGGAGUCCCUGCUAGUGAACCUGGGCGAGCGUCGCGAGCUGGUGCGGGAGCUGCUGACGGUGCUGCCGCAGCGCUACUCCGCGCCCGCCGCCCCGGCCUGCGCCCUCGGGGCUGCGCUACAAGCUGCUUAUAAACUUGUGGCCGCGACCGGUGGUCGUAUCACAGUAUUCCAGACAUGCUUACCGAACGUUGGGCCGGGAGCGUUACAACCGAGAGAGGACCCCAACGCCCGAUCAUCCAAAGAGGUAGCCCACUUGAACCCCGCGACGGACUUCUACAAGCGCCUGGCGCUGGACUGCAGCGGCGCUCAGAUAGCCGUCGACCUGUUCCUGCUCAACUCGCAGUAUGCUGACCUGGCUACGCUUAGCGGUAUGAGCAAGUUCAGUGCAGGCACAGUGUACCACAUGCCGCUGUUCCGCGCGGCGCGGGCGUGGCAGGCGGAGGCGCUGGCCAGGGUACUGACGCGGUACCUCACCAGGAAGAUCGGCUUCGAGGCCGUCAUGCGAGUGCGGUGUACUAGAGGCAUAACAAUCCACACGUUCCACGGCAACUUCUUCGUGCGAUCAACGGACCUGCUAUCUUUGCCCAACGUGUCUCCGGACGCCGGGUUCGGCAUGCAGCUGACCAUAGAAGAGUCUCUGUCUGACCUGCAGCAAGUGUGCUUCCAAGCCGCCCUGCUAUAUACUAGUAGUAAAGGUGAAAGACGGAUACGAGUGCACACGCUAGCGUUACCGACUGCGAGCACUUUAACAGACGUACUGCAUUCUGCUGACACACAGUGUAUUAUAGGAUUAUUAAGUAAAAUGGCGGUGGAUCGGUGUAUGACAGCAUCGAUGAGCGAGGCCCGCGAGGCGGUGAUGAACGUGGCAGUGGACGCGUUGUCCGCGUUCCGGCUGUCGCAGAACUUGCCGAGCGGCACGAUGAGCUCAGCACUGCAUGCGCCGAUGUCGCUGCGGUUGCUGCCGCUUUAUCUGCUCGCCUUGUUGAAAACGAAAGCGUUCCGCACGGGCACAUCGACGCGACUGGACGACCGGGUGUCGGACAUGUGCUCGCUGAAGGCGUCGCCGCUGCAGCAGCUAGCGCGGCGCGUGUACCCCGAGCUGUACCCGCUGCACGCGCUGGCGCAGCACGUGACGCAGCACGACCCCGCGCCCGACCCGCCGCGCCUGCAGCUUACUGCCGAGAGAAUAAGCAUAAACGACGCCUACCUACUCGACGACGGCGAAAGCAUGAUCAUCUACGUAUGCCAGGGCGUCAGUCCUGCCUUCCUCUCCGAAACCUUCGGCGUGACCGCCUUCUCACAGCUGCCUGAUGAAAUGAGGACUCUGCCCAGGAUCGAUACUGAUGGCAAUGUGCUGUUGCAUGCGUUCAUUGAGAAGUUGAAUGAUGAUCGGCCGUAUCCUUCUGAUUUGCUUAUAUUGAGAGACAACUCACCGUCACGAACGUUAUUCACGGAGCGACUGAUAGAAGACCGAGUGGAGUCGGCAUUCUCCUACUACGAGUUUCUACAGCACGUGAAGAACCAAGUGAAAUGAGUUCCGCGAGUGACGUCACUCACGCCUCGGACUGCCUGUGUUAGCUAGCGCCGGCCGCUACGACACUGCCCUAUACGAUAAGCAAUUAGCACUUCUGGUUUUCGAGUUUAGAAAACUAGUGGUAGUGGUAAUGUCAAAAUCGAUCCCAAGUUAAACUUAAAUUAUUUAUUUCAAAAUUAACAUGUCCGGUCUAUAUUUAUGUGCUCUCUCGAUCAAUGUAGAACAAUUUAAAAGAGUAACACGAGGCUAUAAAUUAUUUUGUCGUUGUAAGAACUGAUAAUUUAUUUACACUUGUAACAAUAAUGAAAUGUUGCUUCCAAACAUUUAAAUUGUUAGGAGCUUGAUAGUUACUCCUAAGAAGGUGAUUUAAUGGUGAAGGGGUGUCAAAUGAUUAAUAAAAGACGGAAAAUUAUAAUUAUAAAGUUCCCGGGACGAUGGAAAUAUAAAAUUACGGGAAUGGAGCAUCAUCAGCUUCGAUAUAUCAGUGACCCGAUUCCCAUAGGUUAGAACUCACUUUAGUUAAUCUCGCAAACAUCACAAUUGGGAAGCAAAUAAACAAGAAACGCGACAAUAUAAAUAUUAUUAUGUAAACUCGAGCCAGAAGCGCUAUUUAUUGUAAAUGUCAAAAAAUAUAGUAGUGUCGUUGAUUUGUGAAAAUAUAAUAAAGUUUAAUAGAUCCGUGCGGCAAAGCGACAGCGCGCUGCAUCGUUGUAUGUUAUCGAAAUGUUAUGUUUAUUUAUAACCAACUACAUAAUGUGACGAAACAAGUAUUUUACUGAACACAGUGAAAUGAUCCCUGUUACACCAGUUCCAAGUUAUUUAUAAAAUAUAUUUUUAUUUCUUGGAAAGACUAGCUUUUUUAUUUCAAAUGUUCGUUGCCUUGAAGGUUCGUUUUAUCGGAUUGUUAAAUUAUGCAAUGAAAAGAAUGUUAUAGCAAUAAUUUUAACACUUGACCCGCGUGAAGCUCGGUAAAAUGAUACGAUUGUCAUCCAACAACUUGUGAAAUAAUAUUUCUAAGGCUUUAUUUGUAUGCAUGGUAUUGCUUGCGUGAUCGUUACCGGAACAAAACAUACGAGAUAAACUCGAAACUGUUUUUAAUUUAAUUUUAAGAAAAGUCCUAGAAAUGAAUUCCAAAAACGUUGUCGUAUAUUUUGUUCCGCGUCCCUGACUGACCGUACGACUGUAACCCAUAUGUGUUGUGUACAAAAUAUUUGGUAUGUUUAUUUUUUUACAUAAUCAGAGGGUGUGGCGAGAUCGUGCACUAACGGCGAAUGUAUUUGCCCGUUGAUGCAACAAAUACAUUUUUUAUUGUUAAUUCCAUGUUAGGUGUAUGUAGUUAUCUUUAAACUUGUAUCUAUUAAUCAUAAUUCGAUAUUAUUUCACCACUGUAAAUUAAAUAAAAUUAUUUAUGAAAUUGUAGGUAGUGUGUUUUUUAUACUGAAAUGAGAAUGGUUCGAGAGAAGGUGGAAUAACUGUGUAUUGUGCAACUUGUUUCUAAUUGGUCUGUUCCUGGUUUCUGGCUUUGAUUUAUUUUUAUUAAUAAAAGACAGAAAAUUGGGUCUAAUUGUAACUUUUCAUUUUUCUCAACAAACCUCAACUUUGUCGUUUCGGGAUUCACGUACUUUAUUCCUCUAUUUAUUGGCUAUUUUUAUGCUAACCCGACGUUCCUUUUUAACACAUCCAGGCUUAUAGGUACUAAUACCAAAUCUACAGUAUGUUUAUUUCUGUAAUGAAUUACAAAAACAGACCCAUACGAAAACAAAGAAAGAGUAAAACAAAAUGAGUCAUGAAUCUAAGAUCAGUUUGAUAUAAAAAUAUCGAAAAGGCAUUUGCUCGAUGGUAUAUUUUAAUGUCAUUCAUCUAUAGUCGUUAGAUUAGGUCUCUUUAUUGGCAACAAAAACGCACAAUCGAGCCUUGUAAAUGUUCUCUAUUUACGUAUGUUGCACGCCACGGUUACAAAUUGUUCUAAAGGCGAGAUUCUACCGGUGCGGUGUUGCAAACAGUAAAAAAUCCUUAAAUGUCCACGCAAUUGCAACCUUUGUGCGUAAACACAUGCUCCCAAGUGGACUUGCUUUGAAACAAGAAUUUUGGUGGAGUCUCGCCAUAACAUUCAUUUAAAACGUAGCAUACUACUACUACCUUGUUAUUUAUUAUUUUAAAUUGUAUGUAAAAAUCAUGUGGUCCGGGAUUCCUCUGUUAAAUGGCAAUGUAUGUUGAAAUUGGCGCAGUGUAUGAUGUUGAAAUUAAGUGAGACGGUAAGCGUAUGCCAAAAUUAAUUCUAGAUCCCUACUGGUAAUACAUGGAUGGAUGUGCUAUUGUCAUUAAAAAAAGGGCGCAUGAAAUAUAAAGUUUCUUUUUCUAACUGAAAAAUUCAAUAUUUGGAAAGGCCCUUUAUUUAUUUUAUUUAAAUUGAAAAUCUAAGCAACUAUGGUGUAGUUCACGCCAAACUUAUUGACGGCGUACGAGCAUGCGGCCCAUACUCUUGGUGGUAGUCGUUAAGUUAGGCACGAAAAAAUCUUUUGGAGUUCCAAGAAUAUGCUGUGAUUUCGUCUACGAAUAAAUUAUGUAUGAUGCCCACUGUUCAUGACUAAUAACAAUAACUGUUAGCAACUUUAAGAUCAAAUUGUUUAAUUUAACGCCAGUGUGACUGAACUUAAGAGGAACAUUGUAAUUUGUUUCAAUACAGACAAUUCGAAAUUA